UUCUGUUGAGACCAGCGAAAAUGUCCACCAGGUACCACCAAGCUGCUAUUGAUGGUUAUGAAGACAUCUUAAAAGAAGCAACUAAAAAGGAUAUUAAUAAUUCAGAUGGAGAUGGAAUGACCCCCACUCUGUUAGCAGCUUAUCACGGUCAUCUGGAGAUCCUUGAACUGGUUUGCCACAGAGGAGGAGAUCCAGAUAAGUGCGAUAUCUGGGGAAAUAGCCCACUACAUCAUGCCGCUAACAAUGGUCAUGCCAACUGUGUGGCAUUCCUGGUUAAUUUUGGAGCCAAUAUAUUUACCAUGGAUAACCAAUUCCGUACACCACUGGAUGUGGCUGCUUUAAAAGAACGCACAGACUGUGUUCAGAUUCUGGAUGGAGCUGCCAAUAAACAAGUAUCCUUAAACCCCAAAAAAGUAGCACGAUUGAAAGAGCAAGCUACUAAAGAUGCCGAGAGGAAGAUUAAGGAAUGUGAAAAGCUACAAGACAGACAUCAGAGUCAGAUGAACAAGAACCAUACAAAAAAAAAUACUGGAACAUUAAGUUCCAAAGGAACUUUACCGAGCUCUACUGGUGCUCGUGUCCCAACUCCAUCUACCAUGUCCACCCUAACUAAGGGAUUGAAGGACACACUGCAGUUGAAAUUAAAAAAGAAAGAUAAAAACACACUAGAUAAAGGAACAACGAGCAACAUAAUCUUUGAAAAGGAUGAAAAUAGCAGUGGCCAUCGUACUAAGGUAACGGAUGUUUUCAAUGAAAAUGAUGAAGAUAACACGAAGAUUGGAGAUGACUCUUCAGAUACAACAGAAUCUAUUUUCAAUCGCCCUGGUCUUGGGAAUAUAGUUUUCCGGAGGAAUCUAGCUGCUGAUGUUAAUAUUAACUUUAACAGUACGUCCACCUUUCAAGAUGAUUUUGGUUUCAAAGUUCAAACUGAGUUGUUUACAGAUGAGGCAGAGAAUGGUAAUGACUUAGACACGGACAAUGGAUUCAACAUAACUUGGAAUGAAGAUGAGGUGGAAUUGGAUGAGGAAGGGGAGACAUCUCCUCUUCAAGUCUUUUUGGCAUCACAUGGUUUACUUGAAUUACUCGGCAUACUCAUGAGGGACAAAAUUGACUUGGAUUCACUUUUGAUGUGUUCUAACGAAGACUUGCAAAGCAUUAACAUACAGCUUGGACCAAGAAAGAAGGUUCUCAAUGCAGUAGAUAAAAGAAAGCAAGCCCUGGCUAAACCAGGAAAGAUCAGUGACACUAAACUAUAACAUUCCAAUUUGCCAUGUUCUUUAAAAUAUCCAAUAUUAUAUUCAGUAUACUGUGGCUAGUCAAUGUUUGGGCAUAUUUUCCAACUCUAUAAAUGUAAUUUCCAGUCUUGAAGGUCCCAUGAGAAGCAAAUUAUCUACCUUACAAUUAUGCCACCAUCUCUUUUUCAGAACUCCAUGCCUCAUAUUCUUCAUCACCUCCCGUUCUUUAAACUCCAUUGUUAUGCCAUUCAAUCCUACCUAACUUAUACCACAAAAUAAUUUUGUUCUGAAGGCAGAACAUCCCUAGAUUUUCUUCCUAACCAUAUGCC